AUGAGGCAGCUGGGGAAAUGUGAUGGAUGCAGGAAACGAAAGGUCAAGUGUGAUGAGCAAAAGCCAUCAUGUGGUGGGUGCCAGAAAGGAAAUCGACAAUGCAACUACUCCUACCCACACGGACGAGGCUUUGCACUGGUAAUUCAAGAUCCAAGCCAGAUGACAAGAUACGGAAGAUCCAUGACCACUUCGGUCAUUUAUCCUCUUAGUGCUCCGCAAAGCAGCGAUGAGUCUCCUACAUUAGACUCUGCCUCAAUAUCAUCUGCUGAGUUUGCAAUUGCCCCAGUGCCGGAUGUUUCUAACCUUCAUUUAAAAGGAGGUAUCGUGGCUUCAGAUGGACGCGGGAUCUUUCAGACGUUGGCACCAACCAAGAUGAAGCUCAAAAAAGUAUCAAGAAAAGUCGAGGCCAAUGAGAGAAGGAGAUUUAAUGAGCAUCUGAUCCGUCUGCUACAAGACACAUCCCUGGCAACCCAUCGACCUUCCUGCACAACCACAAGAAUAGCAGCUAUGUUCUCGGAUAUGCUUCGCCCAGACUCCACACGACACCAACAGUUCUUUGCUCUCGGCAAUUGGGUCUCGUCGGUUCCAUCGCGUGUUGGGUUCAGCCCUGCCGUCACUAUGGCAGCCGAGUUCCUGGUCCAAAGCUUCGACGCCCAUUACGAUCGGUCGCAUUCAAAGCACACAUCAGUAUUAAUUACCAAGAAUAAGGCUAUCAAAGAGCUACAGCUCUGCAUACUCGCGUCGCAGCAGCACCCGACCUAUGAUCUUGUGCUUGCGACUAAGCUGCACUAUGCUGCUGAGGUUCUUCUUGGAGUGGGGAGCUUGCAUUACGCCAUUCAUACGAUCGGUCUCAUGGACCUUCUUAAAUCCGGAGUUGCCUCUGGCGCCGAUUUACAUCACUUCUGGGACAUCUUAGAUAAUACCUACAUCGACGAUAUUACUAUGGCGAUGAUGGCUGGCAGACCAUCAAUAUAUGACAAUGAUGUGUAUCUGUCUGCGACACACCCUGCAGCGUUGAUGGAUCACAACCUCACUCAAUCACAGAAAACGACAAGAGCCAUGAUGCAUAUACUCAUACAAUGCCCUCGACUCACUGUAGCCAUACGUUAUGCAAUCCGAGAUCCGACCAACGUCAUUGCCGUUGCAACAGCGAUUUCCCUUGCCGAGAAACUAUGGCAUCUUACUCAACUGAGCGAUUUCGACAAUUUUAUCAAUGCAUCGAUCGAGCACACGGAUAAUGAAGUCGACGAUGCAGUGGCAGACAUUCUUCUUCGUGGCAUCCGCUUCAGUACUACCCCGGCCAUGGUCAUUGGAACAAGAUACUGGUUGCUUCAAGUCAUGCUCUGUGGUACCGUUGAUACGUUGUUCCGCAGAUUUCCUGCUGAGUAUGCCUUAUCAUUACUCCCCGAUCCUGACACUUUAUACCAAACGAAUACAGGGGCUGCGAUGCAGCUCGGUAGAAUGGUGUCUGGCCUUGGAGCGAACCCUUCACCAUUAAUAUUGGUUCGCAUGCACGGGCCGCUCUCAGUAUGCAUUGGAGCAUGGUACAGACAAAUCCGAUAUCUUACCUCGCGUUAUUCUUGCUUUGAUCAGGGAAACGCAGACAAACUCUUUGCGGCCGAGAGGAUGAAGAAGUGGAUCUCGACAAGAUGCAACGCUCUCUUGAAACUAUUACACAUCAACCCCGUCGACGAAGACGCCUUAAUAGAGGCAUUCGACUGCACGGCGGGCGAAGAGAUUGCCGACUGGAUACCCAGUAAAGUGGGCUACGGCCUUGAAGAUGGUGAGAUGGUCAUGAAGUUCGAGUACAGCGAUCGUACUGCGAAUGGCGACCUCCGUUUGCACGGUGGCACCGGUGCGACCCGGGUGAUUAAUGUUCGCAAUCCUGCAAAUUUUGGGCCCCAACACCUUCGAGCGUGGAUCCGAGGAAAUAGUGGGCCAUGCUCAGGUUAA